AUGUCUUCUGAAUUUCUAUCCACUAAAUCUGUCGGGCUGCUGCAGCAGCAGAAAGGGCUGAAUAAUAGCUUGAGGGAGUUGAUGCAAGAUGAGGAGCGCAACGCUCGCAUGUACAGGGAGUUCGGAGGUGUCUGCAUGGACUUCAGCAGACAGCUCCUGGAUAAGGAGGGCCUUGAUGCCUUGAUAGAAUUGGCAAAGGAGCGACGUGUGGCAGAGAAGGUUCAGGCAAUGUUUAAGGGCGAGAAAAUAAAUAUAACUGAAGGCCGAAGUGUACUACAUGUUGCGCUGCGCAUGCCGAAAGGAGAAAAACUGCAAGUCGAUGGGGCUGACGUCGUCAGCGAGGUGCAUCAGGUCCUCGACCGGAUUAAAACCUUCUCAGAAAAAAUCAGAAAUGGUACACUGAAGGGUGCAACUGGGAAGACUCUGACGAAUAUAAUCUGCAUCGGCAUUGGCGGCAGUUACUUAGCGAGCGAAUUCCUAGUCGAAAGUCUCAAGACAGAACCGUCAGCGAAAAAACAAGCAGAAGGAAGAACCAUCCGCUUCUUAGCGAAUGUAGAUCCUAUAGACGUGGCGCGGUGUACAGAGGGCUUAAAACCUGAAGAAACUUUAAUAGUAAUUAUCAGCAAAACAUUUACAACAGCAGAGACAAUAUUAAAUGCGAAGACACUCAAGCAAUGGCUGGCAAGCGGAAUACCAGGAGAAAACCCUAACCUCAGUCUGCACAUGUGCGCCGUCAGCACCAAUUUGGAGUUGACAGCCAAAUUUGGAAUUCCUGAAGACAGAGUCUUCGGCUUCUGGGACUGGGUGGGCGGACGUUUCUCUGUGACGUCAGCAGUGGGAGUUCUUCCUUUGGCCAUUCACUACGGCUUCGAUGUUGUAGAGAGUCUUCUCAAAGGUUGCCACGCAAUGGACAAGCACUUUUUGACUGCACCAGUGGAGGCAAACCUUCCGAUGUUGAUGGGUCUAGCCUCUGUCUUCAAUUCGUCAGUGCUGGGCCUCAACUGCGUCGCUGUUCUUCCUUACUGCCAGGCAAUGCAUCGAUUUGCAGCGCACAUUCAACAACUGACGAUGGAAAGCAACGGGAAGGGCGUCGACAUGAAUGGGCAGCGGCUCGCUGGGGCUGCGGGUGAAAUUUAUUUUGGAGAGCCCGGGACCAACGGCCAGCACAGCUUCUACCAGCUGCUGCAUCAGGGGAGGAUAGUGCCUGCGGAGUUCAUCGGCUUCCAGAAGAGCCAGAACCCCAUCACCGUGAAGGGAGAGGAGGUAUCAAACCACGACGAGUUGAUGUCAAACUUCUUUGCUCAGCCCGAUGCGCUGGCCUUUGGGAAGACAGCUGAAGAAUUGCAGAAAGAAAAUGUAGCAGCAAAUCUUAUCCCUCACAAAACAUUCACAGGCAACAGACCUUCCACCAUGUUGUUGUUGCCUGAGUGCAACGCCUACUACUUGGGAAUGCUGCUCUCUCUCUACGAGAACCGCGUCGCUACUGAGGGCUUUGUCUGGGGAAUUAACUCCUUUGAUCAAUGGGGCGUGGAGUUGGGCAAAGUCUUAGCGAAAGAUAUCCGCAGAAUCUUCGCCAGUGCACGCAAGGGAACAGAGCCUGACACCAGCCACUUGUGCCGCCCCACGCAGCGCCUUCUAAACAAAUACCUCUCAGGCUGA